CAUAAUUCGCGUAAAUGCUCUAUGCGCGGCGAGACACUACGCAUGCGCACCUCCUAAGCGUGAAAUAGCCAGGCUCGGGGUGCGAGCGUGUGGAGCGCGCAUGGUCAGCGUCCAGGGGGGUGGUCUGUGUCAGUGUAUGUGACACAUACACGGAGGCGACUCGCUGAGCUUCGGCCGAGACACCCGUUCCGUUGCAGAACGUCGGAAAAAGGAAAAAUAAAAUAUUCGUAAUAUUUGUACUAAUAAGAAAUAGGAUGUCUGGAAAUAAAGCCAAGAAAGUGAAGAUGGCCACCAAAUCGUGCCCGGAAUGCGAUCAACAGAUUCCAGUUGCUUGCAAGUCCUGUCCCUGUGGCUACGUGUUCAUUAGCAGAAAACUUCUAAAUGCAAAACUGCCCGAGAGACCGUCUCCAGCAAUAGAUAAGUUUGAUGCUAAGAGGAGAAGAACGGAAAGGAUCCGUCGGGAAAAGAUAAACUCCAAGUCCACCAAUGACAUGGAGAACCGGAGGCGAUCCCGCUCUAACAGCCAAUCGGAACAGAUCCGCAGGGGGCGGGGUCGCCCGAAAACGGUCACUCUAAAAAAGCAGGAGGAGGAAAAAGAGAAGCAGGAGAAGGAGGUGGACAUCUACGCAAACCUCUCGGACGAAAAGGCCUUUGUGUUCUCCGUGGCCCUGGCUGAGAUCAACAGGAAGAUCCUGGGCCAGAGACUCAUUCUAUAAGGGGCCGUCAGGGGCCCUUCGGGGCCAAUCGAGGGGUGGAGCUGCAGAGACUCGGAUGACUCUUGGACUCACCAAGGCUGUCAGCCGUGAGCUGGAGGGUCUCGCAGUGACCUGAGCGAGUCCUUGACACAGGGUUCCAUCCAGGAGCCAAACUGUGCCACAAUCAGCCUGCAUGUCUGGAUGGUCCAGAAGAAAAGUCUUACACCACAAUAGUCUCCUAAUGAUUGACCACCUAGCAGAGUGUAGAAGUCGGGAGUGUAUGCUUGAAUCACAAUGAACAUGGAGUGUAUUUUGGACUCUCUUUCGUCAUGGUGAAACAUGGCCUUAGAAAUAGAAGAAAAUCGGUUUUGAAAUGUGGCUGUUUUUGUAUUUGGCUCAAUGG